AUGGCCUGUACUGCACCCCUGGGCCCUGGCGCGACUUGGAACUUGGAAGAAGAGACGCGGCUUGUUGGACCUACGCCUACUACGGCGGAGAGGGAAACGCACGCUAUGGGAGGGAGAGUCUUUCCUUGCAAGAAUGCUCAACCCCUGCACGGCAGCCAACUACUUACUUAUUGGCCGGGGAACGAACGCCACAGACUCCAGGAAUUGCCAUUGCAGGUUAGACAUGUCAAUGAUACACCUCCCGUCAUGCCGUCCUGCAGUCCAUCCAGGGCUGCUGGAUCAGGAGGGAGCACACCGCUCAGAUCAGCGGCGGAUCAGAGACCAAGCUCGAGAUCAAGAAAGGGCGUCGUCCUGAGUUCUCCGUCGCCGCGGCCGUCGCUCGCCCGAUGCGCUCUGAAGACGCCCUCGUAUGGCGGAUCGAGGGAGAAGGUCAACCCCAGAGACCUGUUCACCUUCUCCUACAAGUUCAGCACCGACAUCCCGAUGAGCGAAACGCAAGGGGCGUCCAUCGAUGAGUACCUGCAGAACAGUCCCAGGAUCGUCGGAGCCGUGUUUCCGGAUCAGCGCAAAGAAGAAAGAUCAACGAUAGUGCCACUGGCUGCCGUCUUUCUUUCAGGAAGAAUGGAGCGUGCAGCUCUUGCCCAUCCAAUUCCUCUUCCUGUCGGCGUCGCCGGUGAUCGUCAUGCGCUUCGUCAGCAAGUCCGGCGGGAAGGAGUACCGCCCAACGUCCCCGUCCACGCCACCAGCCUCCUCCUCAUGGAAGUGACGGACUACAAGCUGAAUGGUCUGGACAGCAACGCCAUGCCGUCGCACCUGGCCCUCACCGUGCGAGGCCUGAUGUACCCGCAGCGGCAGCGGGAGGGGAAGAAGAGCCUCAAGGGCCACGUCGAGAUGACCGUUGGCUUCGACCUCCCGCCGGUGCUCGCCUUGGUCCCGGAGAGCAUCAUCAGAGGCGUCGGCGAGACGGUGUUGAGGCAGAUGGCGGAGCAGAUGAAGCAGGACUUGGGCACGGGGCUGGCAGCAGAUUUCAAGAAGUACAGGAGGGAGAAGCUAACUGAGAGGCGCACAUCGCCCUGA